AUGACCAAGCCACCCGCAACAAACAAUACAACUUCAUCAUCGUCAACAUCAUCACAGUCAUCGACAAUUUCAUCAUCGACAUCUUCAUCAAUGUCAUCAUCAUCAUUGCUAACCAGGAAGAGCACGUCUGGAACCACCCAGCCAAUCUUUCCCAAAAUAAUGCCAAAGAACUCUCCCAUGCUUCGCAAGUCCACUGUUACAUCAUCCACCGCAUCUGCAUUGGCCAAGCAGGUGGAGCCCAGAAAGUCGGUGACCUCUAUCACCAGAUCAACAAUCACUGCCACUCCUCAGAAAUUGGCUCCGGCCAAACCCACUCAACAGAACGACUCGGAGGACGAAGACGACGAUGAGGAUGAGCACAUGGUCGAGGUGAUUCACAAACCAAACAAGCCAUCAACCCCAACAUCCAAGAAGACUGCCGCCACUGUCGCCACUGCCGUCUCCACACCAUCAAAGACAACGACAACCACAACGACCACCACAACCAGACAGAGCCAAAAGGAUUCGAAAAUGCAAGACUCUGAUGACGACUCGGAUGAUGACGACUCUGACGAUGAAUCCAGCGAGGAUGAGAAGGUUAUCCACAUCAAGACUCCAACCAAGCCAACUACAUCAGCAAAGACUUCCGCAAAGACUCCAGCCAAGUCCCCGGCAAAGGAAGGGGCCGCCGCCGCCAAAGACGCCACCACCACCUCGACAACAACAACAACAAACGCGGAGACUCCUGUCAAGCGUGGACGUGGUAGACCACCCGGUUCCACCAAGAAACCUCCAGCACCAAAGGAAGAUGAUGAGGAGGACGCAGAGCCCACUGUCAAGCGUGGUCGCGGAAGACCAAAGAAGAGAGCACUCGAGGAUGAGGAGGAAGCCGAGACUUCCGCUGCCGCUGCUGGCCCAGCACCCGUCAAGCGCGGUCGUGGAAGACCCAAGGGAAGUGGAAAGGCGGCGACAGAGCCGCAACUCAAGCGUCUAAGAAUCGGCGAGCUGCCAAUUGAUGAGUCAUUGCUCGUCAAGUCCUCGAACAGCAAGGUCGUUCCAACCAGAAGUUCGGCCAAGGCGUCAAUGGCCACGCCACUUCAUGCCACCGUAGUGCCACGUGCAAAGAAUCCAAAGCCCAAGAAGGCUGCAACAACACCACCAGUUGUGGAUGGUGUCAAGCGCGGUCGUGGAAGACCAAGAAAGGUGGUCAUAGCCCAGUCAGACAGCGAGGAUGAGAAGGACGACUCGUCAGAAGAGGACGAAUCAGAAGAGGAGUACGAGGUGGAGUCUGUCCAGGACAGGAGAGUCAAUGGCGAGAAGGUCCAGUAUUUGAUCAAGUGGAAGGGUUUCAGCAAGGAGGAAGCCACCUGGGAGGACGAGGAGAAAUGCGACUGCAAGGAAUUGAUCGCCAAAUACAACACACAGCAUGGUAUCCAGUCCUCAGAGUCCGAGGCUGAGUCGGAGGAUGAGUCCGAUGAUUAG